AAUAGAUUGUGGAUAAGGCAACAAAAAAAACAAACAACUGAAGAAAUGUGACAACCCAACGGUCAUUUUCAUGGCGAGGGGGGAUCUGCUGCGAAAGGAGUUAUUCUCGGACUCCUUCGAGCCUCGAAACGCUGGAUCAAAAUGCUCAUAGUGGAGAAGACCACAGACUUUCCCUCUGCUGAGUUCUCUCUGGUGGAGGAUGCGGCUCUGCACUUCACCUGUUUGAUGGACAGGCUGAACGAGCAGCGCCUCUUCCAGCCUGACCUCUGUGACGUGGACAUCAUCCUGCUGCGUCAGCACAGCACCUUCCCGGCCCACAAGGGCGUGCUGGCGGCCUACAGCCCUUUCUUCCACUCCCUGUUCGCCCAAAGCAAGCAGCUGCGGCGGGUGGACCUGUCGCUGGACGCCCUGACCUCGCAGGGCCUGCAGCAGAUCCUCAACUUCAUCUACACCUCCAAACUGCUGGUGAGCAGUCGCACUGUCCGCGACGUGCUGAACGCAGCCACUCUGCUCCAAAUGAACGACAUCGCGGCCUCCUGUCGCGACCUCAUCAGCAGCCACUCGCUGAGGACCACCUGCACAGAUAUGGCCAAUCAGGAAGGGCUCGGAAGCGGCGACCCCGCUGCUGCAGCGAUUCCUGCCAGCCAGCUGUACCGGGAGAUCAAACAGGAGUCGGAGCUGGGCAGGGUGUACACGAGGGAGGGCAGCAGCCCAUUUUCUGUCAGAGUGGAAGAGGCAGCAGAGACGCCCUCCCAGCAGAAGCAGUACUACCAGAAAGAGGAGGGGACAGGGGGUGGGGUCGGCACAGGUUCUUUGUGCAUAGUAGAAGGCAACGGAGUGGAGUCCAAGUCCGCAGACAGCCACACCUCCUUCAACAGGGAUCAGAUCAUAGUCGAAGUGAACCUCAAUAACCAGACCCUCAAUGUGUCUAAGGGAUCGGAGGGCAAAUCGGCAACCGCCACUAAGACGGCCACCAUGUUUGGCCGUUGCCACAACAACGAGAGAGAUUCGGAGGACGACGAGGAGAACGAGGUGGAGGACGAUGAUGCAGUCGAGGACGACGAGGACGACUUGAAGAGGGGGGACAUGUUGGGGCAGAGCAGCGAGGAGGAGGACGAGGAGGAGGACGAAGAAGAAGAGGAGGAGAACACCCUCAACAUUCCAGGCUUGGAGCAGGCGGCCAUGAUGGAGCGACCUCGCCGGGGCACCAGAGCCUUGUCCAUGGCGGGGACCACAGCCUCCAUGCGGCAGACGCUGGCAGAGGCCACGCUGGCCAACCAGCGGUCGGGCGGGAAGAGGACUCGGGAUGUGGAGGGCCUGGGCCAGAAAGUCAGGCUGGAGGAGAAGCAGCACUUCCCGUGCAAGAAGUGCCCGCGCGUCUUCAACAACCGCUGGUACCUGGAAAAACACAUGAAUGUCACUCACAACCGCAUGCAGAUCUGCAACAACUGCGGGAAGCGCUUCCUGCUGGAGAGCGAGCUGCUGCUGCACCAACAGACUGACUGUGAGAAGAGCAUCCAGUGUGUAACAUGUGGCAAGGCCUUCAAGAAGCUGUGGUCACUACAUGAGCACAACAAGAUCGUCCACGGCUACGCCGAGAAGAAGUUCUCCUGCGAGAUCUGCGAGAAGAAGUUUUACACCAUGGCUCAUGUCAGGAAGCACAUGGUCGCCCAUACGAAGGACAUGCCGUUCACCUGCGAGACGUGCGGGAAGUCGUUCAAGCGCAGCAUGUCCCUGAAAGUUCACUCUCUGCAGCACUCGGGAGAGAAACCCUUCAAGUGUGAGAACUGCAGUGAGCGCUUCCAGUACAAGUACCAGCUGCGUUCCCACAUGAGCAUCCACAUCGGACACAAGCAGUUCAUGUGCCAGUGGUGUGGAAAGGACUUCAACAUGAAACAGUACUUUGAUGAACACAUGAAGACACACACUGGAGAGAAGCCGUACAUCUGUGAGAUCUGUGGGAAAAGCUUCACAAGCCGGCCCAACAUGAAGCGCCACCGCCGCACCCACACUGGAGAAAAGCCGUACCCCUGCGAGGUGUGUGGCCAGCGCUUUCGCUUCUCUAACAUGCUCAAGGCCCACAGGGAGAAGUGCUUCCGCGUCAGCAACCCCAUGGUGACUGACGUAAGCGACCCCCUCGGGCUCAACCAGCCCCUGGCCUCACCUGCUGUGGACUCCUCCGGCCAGGUGCCGCUGGGGACGGUGCUCGCCGCCACGUCUGUGACCACGCCCCCUGCCGCCUCCAGCCCCCGCCCCCUCCACGGCACCCAGCUGCCGCUCCCCCUGCUGCACCAAAUGGGGGGGCUGCCUCCCACCCCUCAUUUACCCCCACCACCUCCCCUGUUCUCUGCCGGUAGGAUGAACUCCACCAACUAACAAAUCUCUGUAGCAUUGAAAGCUCUUUUGCUACUUUUGUUUUACCAUUUGUCUUUGAGCUUUCAAGGACUCGUGCCGUGGGAGAGGGAUGCGCCUCAGCGACGCAGAGGGAAAAACUGAUUGAAGGCUUCGUAGAAACACACAUACACCUACCACAAUAAGAAAUAGUUAUUUUUUACUCUCUUGAAUACAAUAGAUAACCUCAGUGUCCAGUAGGACUUGUCGUCAUCACUCUUCUCUGUCCGGGUUUCAUUUGGGAUUUUUUUCGACACCACACACAUCUCUCCGGAGCCUUGCACAAUGCAUUUAUUGUAGCAUCUUUUACAAAGUGGGAGGAAGCGUUUUUCCCCUAAACUUUCACUCGUACGGGGCUCAUCAGUCGAGUGGGAGCCACACUUUGAUGAUUAAAAAAGUUUUAUUUUUCCAUUCUCUGCCAAGAUGUAGCGAGUGGUUGUGGUUCCUACCCAGCAAUAACCAAAUGCUGAUUUGUCUUUGAGCAUAUACAUGUAUACGGCAUUGCCAAUAACCAAAUCCUGUUAGCUCACCUGCUAUAGUUAGGUAAUGUUAUACAGCGUUUAUAAUCGAUCCUGCACCUUACAUUUAACUCUAGUGAUAUUUAAAAAACGUAAUCUUACUUGUCUUCAUUUUUAUAAUUGUGAUGGUGUGUAAUCCGUGGCACGUUAACGUCAAUUUGUAAGGACAUAAGAGAAGUUGUGACGCGUGGAGUCAACUGUGCAAUGCAGUGUGUGUGUGUGUGUGUGUGUGUGUGUGUGUGUGUGUGUGUGUGUGUGUGUGUGUGUGUGUGUGUGUGUGUGUGUGUGUGUGUGUGUGUGUGUGUGUGUGUGUGUGUGUGUGUGUGUGUGUGUGUGUGUGUGUGUGUGUGUGUGUGAGAUAGUUGUGAAGCAGAGCUGGGAGGUGAGGAUAUUAAGCUCUACAUUCAGCUAAUUAACGCUUGAGCUUCCUAAAAUCAGGAGACGGAGUAAUUUGUUGACUCACAAUUUUUUUGCUUACAUUAAGCAAACACGCUCCUCUCCUGUAGAUCCUGCUUCGAGACGAUAUGGCACUUUUCUUCUGACUUGUUAGUAAAAACCCUAAUGUACUCGGACCUGCCGUAUAUUUGUAGGUUUACUUCUAAUGUUAAUGUUAACUUACUGCUCAUUUGUUCCACUACACCCAAUCUGUGUAAUUCAUUUUGCGGAAUACCAACUCUAUAGAGAUAAUAAUAUCCACAAACCCUGCUUAUAGUAGCUCUUUGAUCGUGCACAUUUCAUCUGGAUGUAUAUUGUGAAAUGCUAGACAUUAUAUUCCAAUGCCUAAAUCUCUUAAAGAGCACUGAAAGUGAUCACCUUCGGCACAGCAGAGCUCAUCAUUACAAGGGCUCGUGACUGUUACAUCACUGUAGAAACUGGUCGACGGUGAGCUGCAGAAGUUACACAAAAUUUAGGGGACAUGUAAUAUAUGCGGCGCGACGCCGCUCAGAAGUGCGCGUGGCCGCGUGCACUCUUGACAAGCUAUUGUCCCAAAUCUGCUGGAGCCGAACUGGAGGAGCUGUACUCAAGUCCAUGUCGAGCGUCUCAAGGGGAUAGUUCAACAAUUUGGGAAAUGUGCAUUUGCUUUCUUGCGGAGAGAUCGGAAGGUCGAUACUAUUCUCGUUCUUGUUCGACACGUUGAAUAUUGGAUGACUCUUUCAUUAAGACUGGAAACAGCUGGUUUGGCUUUGUCAAAGGCGAAAAAGCAUCCACCCACAAGCUUUCUAAUUAACUCAUGUAUUGAAUCUGUAAAAAAAGCUAAGCCUAACAGGUUUGCUUGCUGUAUCUUAAUAUGAAAGUUGACAGCAAGAAAGCAGAUAUUCGUCACUUCCAAAAUGUCAAACUAUUUUGUUUGAAAUCCGACAUUUCAAUCGGUUUCUUAUCCGAAAAGAGUCUCUGUGCACUAUCGAUGCACACCCGCUCACUUUAUCUAUAGCUCGCCUACUCUUAAUGUACUGUACCAUUAACCUGUAAAUAUUGUUAAAAAUAAUGUUUUCCUCCUUGUGAUUAAUUCCCAUUGUUUACAUUUGGAGAGUCAGUUGAAUGUGCCCCCCCCCCCCCAACGUGUCUCGGCUGGUGCUAGCGGAAAAAUUGGAAUUUGUGGAUGAGGCUUUUGUAAAUAAGCUGUUCGUUGUUUUAUUUAAAAGGGCGAUGUAAGCACCUUCGAGCAGUCUCAGCUCAUCCCAGUUCUUAAAAAUGCCAUGGGUAAAUGGAUAGGGCCACAUCAGAUGAGGUUUGAUAAUGGUACGUUUUAAACAUUGUGUCAAACACAUGUUUGUAUUGUGAUUGCUGCUUCUUUUUUUCCCUCCAGGGUCCAGUGAGACUGCCCUUUAAAAUGAAAAAGUCAAGAACUGUUGAAUUGUUGGCCGUGAUGAAUCUAAUUUAGCCUUUACUGGACGGCGCGGUGAGCUCCUGGGUCAGACAUGAGCAGCGGUUUGGGAGGAGGUGACUGUCAACACUUUAUACCCAUCUAAGGUUUGAUCUUAUCCGUGGUAGAGGGGGCGACUUGUUGUUUACACGGACGGGGAGAAGAAGGCAACCUGUCAACGUCACACAAUCAGAAGGACUGUUGCUCUCUCGUGGCAACUCGGUAAACUGCACUCUGUUCGAAAUGCUGCACUAAAGAAACCACCAAGUAUCUUCCCCACUUGACUGUUUUGUGCAGCACUAUAGCCCAAGAGACAAUGAAAUACUGUGGCCGUAGCUGGUGUGUUUGCCUUAUACUCGGAGGGAUUUGAAUGUUUUAUGGAUGUAGCGAACAGCAAAGGAGGCACUGUAGUAGUUCACACUACUGAUUUAUGCACUUUGAUUGCCACACGAGCCCAUUGUGGCCGUAUGUAUGCAGAUGCGAGACGGAAAAAUUGAAAGCAGAGAUGGUGGAAGAGUUUAAAGUCCAAAUGAAUCCAUACAUUUUACAGUUAAAUGUACCAAGUGGAUUUUGAUUUCUAAUGAAUUAUUAACACGUCGUUUUACAAAUCGACCACUUUUUCUCUGUACCAUUUGUUCCGGAAGUCAUGGUUAGUAAGUUGCGGAAGCGGCAGGCCUUGACCUGACCGGUCGUCCGUCCCCCCCCCCCCGGAAUGACUUAGUGGAUCAUUUGCUGUUGUGUGACACUCUGCGCACUGAGGACAACUCAGCCAAUUAUGUAUCACUGCGCCACUAAACUGGCGUUUCUGUGUAUCAGUCUUUGAUAAGUAUUUGCGACUCCUCCCUAAGGGUGCGUUCAGUACAGCUACAGCUGUUCCCGGGUGGUUUGUUCUCCCGUCACGACCGUAAUCAAGAGAAGUUGUACCAGUUUGCCCCUGUCGAAGGAGCGGCGGGAGAAUGUUGUACUCCAUGCCAUGAGAAAAGUGUAAAGGCGAGCGUCAUUUGCCAAAUUGAGUCAUGAGAAGUAUACAGUAAUUAUUGUGAGCACUUUAUAAUCCAGGGUUUGAAGGCUGAUACGCUGGCACUUAUUUGAAUCAACAAAAUCAGCGGAUGGUAGCUGUGUUUUGAAAAAAAAUAUCCAUGGCAGAUGAUCAUAGGAAAUUAUAGAAACGCAGUUUUUCUGCCAGAAUGUUGUUCCUGGUAGGUGUUCAGUCCCCCGAAACGGCAUUUUGACCCAAGGGAAACAAAAUGUUUGUUCAGACCCUGCGAAAAAUAAUAAGUCCUACUGCCUGUACCUGUUUGGAAUCUGAUCAAAAUAAUGUUAUACUAGAAUCUAUUUUAACUUGUGUCCCUUCCAAACCAAAUGAUGCGGUAUAAUUCCGCUGCUGUUAUGAUGAUAUUUGUCGUUUUGGAGGUGAAUGACACCAAGCAGAUGAUCUGGGUUGUUUUAUUGGUUUUUGCUUUUUGUACAUGCCAAGAUUUAGCUUGUGAAUUGGUUAACAUGUGAAAAUAUAAUUUCGCAAAAACAGCUUAUUUCAUUACACACGUUGGUGCAUGACACAGUAUCCAGGGGAAGUUUAGAAACUGACGUGGCUUUUAAAAAUCAAACCUAGCAAGCAGAAUUUGCAAUGUCAAACCUUUGUCUCUGAUUUAUUACUGUGAGCGAGCAAGUCUCCCCGAGAUCCAGCUGCAAAGAAGACAAAAAAACCCCGUCUGCGACAUCACCACAGCAACGCUGUUGUAGAGACCCAUUUGUGGAUCCUUGCACAGCAAAUCGUUUUUUGUUCCGGGUGUGUUUUUAAUUCAAGGUUGUAAAGUUUAAAUUGCAGUAAAGCUAAGAUUCUAGUUCGUGAGGAGGGGGAUUUUGCACAGUGUUGAGGAGGUCCUAUAUUCUAGGGCAGGUAAGUUUUAUGUCUUUUAAUUAGCCAAAGUCUCAGAGCAGCCAAAGGCCUGUAUCAAAUUAAGCGAAGGUGGACCCGCUCUUGUCCUUAAAUUAGGGUUGGUCAGUGAUUAUUAAGUGGUUGCCUAGACAGCAACAUACUGACCGCGCAUUCUGUAUUGGACCCAAGGCAAAUGUUUGUCACUUCAAUGGAGAAUUGAGAACGGCAAGUGUUUCGAUCCAGAGCGCGCUCAUGGGAUUGCCAAGUCGAUUGUUUCUUUUGGGACUUUUGGUUUUGGGUUUAGCUGCCAGAGCAGUUGUGUAUGUGUGUACAAAAUCUGUAUUCUGUGGCCUUCGGCUUCCGAGAAAAUGGGAAUACGACUCUGAAUUUUGAAGUCUCAAGAAAAAAUGAUGGGGACAAAGGAAUGAUUUGCUGAAAUGUGUUAUUCUUUUGAAGAAGAAAAAAAUGUUUAUUUAAAAAAUAAGAAAACUGUUGGAAGAUGUUGUUUUUUUGUUUGUUUUUUUGACUUUAUUUUGGGCAAACUUACGGAGCCCCCAAAACUAACAAUGGUCAUUAAAUGAGUCAAAAAAAACAAAAAGUCAAACACAUCAAGGAAAUAUAUUGUUUGUUGAAUUAUUAAGAUGGAGUGUGAAAAGUAGAGAUGCAAAGAUAAGUCAAUUAGUCGAUUGUCUAAAAAAGGUUGUUUUUUUAAAUGCCACUAAUUUGAUUAGUGAUUGGAGGGUUUGGAGUCGUCUGAUAGUAAACUGAAAAAAAACGUUGGUGCUGGAAAAUCUGUGAUGGCCAUUUAAGUUGUUUGUUUAUUCCAUUUUAAAGCAGACAUACUUAAUCAAUCAAUUAAUCAAUACAGUAGUGAUCGAAUUAACUGAUUGUGAGAAUAAUCUUUAGUUCCAGCCCAAGUAAAACAAAUCAACGGAUUUCCCCUUAACUUCAGUAAGUUGGUGACAAAGCUACAAGCUUUUUUCAAGUUGCAUGGUGAUGUUUCAAAUACAAGGGUGAAAAUAACUGUAUAAUUGUAUUUCAGUUUAUUUUAAUCGACGACUAAAGUUAAAAUAUAGAUCUUUAUAUUUCUUUAAGCCAUUUAAAUCAUUUAACUUACUAAUUUAUUGAUUUGUUUUCAAGUCUUUUUGAGUCUUCUGAAUAUAUAAUAUAUUAUAUGUUGUCAGUUGCUGGGCUGACAGACGAACAGGAAAGUGUUGUUGGGUAUUUUGGGUGUGAAAGUCUGUUAAGCUGUUCUAAUAAAUUUAGAUGAUGGUAACUUUUUGGGGCAAAGGUACAUGUGAUGAUAACCAUAGGCAAAAAUGCCAUAAGUGAUUCAAAGAUGUAUUAUCCACAUACUCCUCUACAUUUCGCAUACUUACUCAUUUUGCAGUUGUGUUAAAGACAUCAUUAUAACGUGUACCGCCAUUUGCUGAUUCUCUACCUUAUAAUGUAAACACUAUGUCUUAGUUAACUCGGGUGUACAAAGACCACGUGUAAGCAGUAGUCGUCCAGUUCAGCUAUAUUAAAAAAACUAAAAACAGUGCAAGGACAAUAGUGUCUAGAGGUGCUAAUAACAUUAGACUGUAUUUUCUGUCUUUUAUUGUAUUAUUGACUAGUGUCUACCGUCUGUAACACAGCAGAGCGUAAUGAAAUCAUUUCAAUAUUAAACAAUAUAGAUCUAUUAUUGCAAA